UAUAAGCCCUGGUCCUUUGGAUGGAGUUUUUGUCUCGCUGGUCCCAUUUGGAAUGGAGGGGAGGCCAGUUUUGCCUUCAACAUCCUGAGCAUCACAGGCACCUCAGUGCAAUUUUCUGCUGCCGUUGCAUCUUUGUUCCUUGGCCCAUCCUGCUACUGCUCGCUGGCUGGGAUCACUGGGACCAGCUGCCUGGGUGCAGUUCUGUUCCCCUUCCCCUGUGCUGACUUCCCAAACCUCUGCAAAGACUCAUUGUGGUAUGAGUGA